CAAAUCAAAACAAAAAAAGUUUCUGAAUUUUAAACUCUGAUUCCUUCUCAGUGGUUUUUGGACUACUAUGACAAGUGAGUUUUCUAAAUUCUCAUGGAUUAUGCAUGAACACAGGGUUGCUUUCUAUUCUGUAUGAUUUUUUUUUUUGUUUGAAUGUUACAAUGUUUGAACGUAAUUGAUCAAAGUUUGAUUCAAAACGGCUUCCUCAUAGCUUGUCUAUAACAAGCCCCACCUAAUGGAAAUGUCUUCGAAGUUUGAUUGACAAUUCAAACAUAUUAGAGGAAGAAAAUGGGGGUAUGGCUGUAGGAUGUAAAUGAAGAAAUUCAGGACUCUGGGGUUAUAUUGAUAUUUUUCUUUCCUAAAAGGGUAAAGAUCAUUUGACAGGAGCAAAUAUGUAAUUUCAAUUUGGCACAGUUCAUAGUUUCAGUUCUAUGUUAUAAAAUUUCUAGUAAGUACUAGAAUUUGUAACAUUUGAACACUCGAUAUCACAUUUUUUUUAUACUAUUUACCAAUGGAUUACUAUCAAACUCGAAUUUUUGGAUCUCAUCUUGCAUCAUAAUUCAAUUAUGAUGGGAACUUGGACUCCAUUUGGUAGUGAUUAUAAGAAGUGUUUCUAAUAUUUCUAGUGCUUAAAUUUUUUUUAUCAAAAGAAUUGUUUUUAGGCACUAGAAAGACUAGAAAUGCUUCUUAGGAUUAUUACUAAAUAAGCUCUUAGUUUAUGAGCAUCAAGAAACAAACUGAAGGAGAGAUGGAAUGGUUUGAGAGUCUUGUGAUGAGUCUUUGCAGUCCCAAAGAAUGGCAGAGGCUAAGGGGCAGUGUGCCCCAUUGCAGUCUCUCUAAGACACCUUACCUUCCCAAGAGCAUCUGUGUCUCUCUGAGCCUCUCUUUCUCUCUCUCUCUCUCUCAACCCCAUCCUCAUAAUAGUUCUAAAGCUCAUCUGGGGAAAACUAUGCCACAUGUAGCAUAUUUGCACUAUACUGAUCAUCUUUUGGAUGACAGCUCUUUUGCUGUAUUCCCAUAGCCUUUGGUUAUGGUCCCUCGUGACUCAACAAAAACCAAGUUUCAAGUUCCAAUUUCCUACUCCAAAACGCUAUAAAUUGGCUCUAAAGUAAAACGAACUUCUCAUCUGUGACUUGGGUUGGAGAGAAGUCAUGGCUAGGACUACUGACAUUGGUUUUGUGCUGGGGGUGAUAGUGGUAGUGCUUGUUGCAGUGGUGGGUGGAGCCAAGUCCAUGACCAUAUGCAGCAUGGACUCAACCCAGCUGGCUCAGUGCCUCCCUGCAAUUCGAGGCCCAUCACCAUCCCCUCCUACUAAAGAGUGUUGUGCAGUCAUCCAAAAGGCCGAUAUGCACUGCUUGUGCAGCUACAAGCAUGCCCUCCCCAACUUUGGCGUCAACCCUGGACUCGCCAUGGCCUUGCCCAAGAAGUGUGGCCUCAACCCACCACCCGAAUGUGACGGUCCUUGAAGUACUUCAAUAUCAACUUGCUGCAGCUCUACUUCCUCAUGUCCAGAAGUAUGCUGGUUUAUCAUCAGUAGAGGCUAAGUACUUUAGAGACAAUCUAGCCUCAAUUUUGUCUGGAAUUAUGAAGAAUGAUGUGUGUAAUGCAUAAUAAAAUAGCAGCAAUUUCCAUUGGAGUUCA